UGUUUAUAUUUAUAGAGACAAAAAUCAUUAGAUUCCACCGUCCAAAGAUUUCUCUUUUUCUCUUCCUCACCAUCUCACAUAUUUAUAUAUAUAUAUGUGCCAAGAUUGUGGUAGUGUUCAUCUACCAAAUAUUUGAUCUUAAUUAUAAUUAAAAAAUUUCAAUUAAUUAUAAUGGAUGAUCAAAAAAGUAGUGUUGAUUUGAUUAGUAAUCUUCCACUUGAUAUUCUAAGACACAUAAUUUCAUUUCUUCCACUCAAAGAAGCUGUACAAAGUAUGAGCCUUUCCACUCUUUGGAGCCAAGUUUUGGCUCCCAUUAAUGUCAAAUUAAAGAGCUUUAAUGAAGAAGAAGAAGAAGAAGUUAGUUUCAAAGAGAUUGAAGAAGUGUUUGGUGGGUUUUUGAGCUCUUACAAUUCUCCUCAACUUUUGUGUAUUGGUAAAGUUGUCUUAGCCACUAAAGGGGUUGAAAAUGAGCUUCAUCUAAACUUCUUUGACCAAUCUAUUAUUACUAAUUCCACUUCUCCUUUUCAUUUAAAGCUACAUACAAAAAAUACCUCAAACAAUGCUAAUUUUGCCUUCUCUUCUCUUAGAACUCUUCAUCUUUGUUAUGUUAAUAGUAAAGUUAUAAACUUGGUUAGUGAAUUGUUUAAAGGGUUUCAUCUUCUUCAAAGUUUGAGAGUUGAGAAAUGUGUCGGGUUGGAGGAACUUCAUGUGGAUAUGACCAAUUCUCUCCAUAAUUUGGAAGUGUUGGAUUGUAAUGACAUUGUAAGUGUUGUAGUUUGUGCUCCAUAUCUUAAAAGUUUCAAGUUUUGUGGACUUUUUCUUCCCCGAAUCAUGCAACUUGUAAACCCUAUCAAUUUGGUUGAAGCCACUCUUGAAUUCGAGGGAGGUGGAGUAGUGGGUGAUGGCGAAUUCGAGUGUGAGGAUGUUCUUUCACUCUUGAAUUCGCUUAAGGAUGUUCAAACUCUCACCAUAAGUGGUUGGCUUCUCGAGUGGAUGUGUAGAGGAGGAGUGAUAUUUAGAAGGCUUGAUUUCCAAUUCAACAAGUUAGAGAAGCUAUGUUGGAUUGGAUCUUCCAUAGACAAGGCUAAGAGAGAUUCUUUGGCUUGUUUCUUAAACAUAUGUCCUUCAUUGCUCAAACUCUCUAUUGAGAUGAAUCAUAGGCUAAGCAUCAUUGAUUGUCCAUUUUUCCACUAUUAUUGGCAUGAGCCUCAUCUUUGGAUGGAUUGUGAAAGUGUGAAAAGUAACACAUUACAACUAAAACAACUCAAAAUGUUAAGGUUAGAAGGAUUUUUGGGUGAAGAAGAUGAAAUUUUGUUAAUGGAGCUAUUGCUUAACAAAGCUGUGGUUCUUGAGUCAAUGACAAUAGCAUAAUUAAGUACUAAGUAGAGCUUGUUAAACAAGGUAGAGCAAAAUUUGCUCAUGAUUUUCAAUGUAAAUGUAAUUAAACUCAUUAAUAUAAUAUUAUAAAUUUGGUUAAAAA